GGACAAGCUCGCACAGGACGAGUGCCGGCCGAGAAGUUUCGGGGCUCCCACGCUCAGCCAUGCGCGGUACCUCACUAAACGCCGCGGUGGAAGCUGGGCGAACCGGCGAGCAUUCAUCCAAACACCAACUAUCAUGAGCACCAAGUCUGACCCUGCCAAGCGCCGCCUCGCUUUCGGCAUCAUUGACUUCCUUCAGGAUGCGAUGAACGACGGUACCGUUACCGCUGAUGACAAGGACUCCAUUGAGGUCGCCGUUCAGUGUAUCUCCGACGUUUUCGGAAUUGACGCAUCCGACGAGACUCAGCGCUCCACCAUCGGCAUGGGAAACCAGAAGCUGAUGCAGAUCUUUUCUGUGUACGAGAAGACCCGCGAGAAGAUGUCCCAGGGCUCCCAAUCCAUUCCCUCCACCUCCGGCCCCACCGGCCCCUCCGACGAGGACAAGGCCAAGGCCGAGGACCUCAAGUCCCAAGGUAACGCCGCCAUGUCCCGCCGUGACUACCCCACCGCAAUCUCCCUCUACACCGAGGCCCUCACCCUCACACCCUCAAACCCCAUCUACCUCUCCAACCGCGCCGCAGCCUACUCCCAAUCCGGCCAACAAGACCUCGCCGCGGCCGACGCUCAGACCGCCGUCGACAUCGACCCCAAGUACGGAAAAGGGUGGUCGCGUCUCGGCCACGCAAAGUUCGCGGCGGGUGAUGCGAAGGGCGCGAUGGAGGCUUAUAGGAGGGGUGUCGAGGUUGAUCCGUCUAGUGAGGUGAUGAAGAAGGGGUACGAAACCGCCAAAAAGCGCGUUGAGGAAGACGAAGCCGAAGCUUCCUCCUCCUCCUCCCCCGCCGAACGCUCCACCCCUGCUGCCGGUGCCGGUGCCGGUGCUGGCGCUGGUGGCAUGCCCGACCUCUCCUCCCUCAUGGGCGCCCUCGGCGGCGGCAGCUCCGGCGGCGGCAUGCCCGACCUCUCCUCCAUGAUGCAAAACCCCAUGAUCGCCCAAAUGGCUCAAAACAUGAUGCAAUCCGGCGCGCUUGAUUCGUUGUUGUCGAACCCGCGUAUGGCGCAGAUGGCGUCUCAGUUCCAGAAUGGGCAGAUGCCGAAUAUUGGGGAGUUGAUGAAUGAUCCGGAGAUGAGGGAUAUGGCGAGGAAUUUGAUGGGUAGUGGUGCUGGAGGUGCGCCUGGUGCGCCUGGUGCUGGUGCUGGUGCGGGAGGCAGGUAAAUGUACAGUAGGAUAGAGGAGAUAAGGGGUGUGUGUUAUGACAAGAACGAAUAUGACUGUUAUCUCCUGAGCUCAUAAAGCGGUGGUUUUGUGACUGAC